AUGUCGGGGGAUACACCGCCAUGCCUCGCUGCCAAGUUUAUCACCCCUGCCCUCGCGGACCUGUUCAAGGUGCUCAAAGCUGCGUUGGCUCCGGACACCCAGGAAACAUGGAUGUUGGGAGCGGACGCCCUCGAGUCUGCGCUCAAGGACACGGCCAUGUAUCCAGACGAGGCCAAGCUGGAAAGGGAGUUUGAGCGCCUUGCCCAGCGCCCAGCAGACGGUCCCGACAUACCACUCGUAACCCGCAAGGAGCGCGAGUGGCGCGCUCGUGUACUGUGGCUGGUGUCGCAGCGCAGUAGGCAUGACCGUCACAAAGCAAUCGAUCUCGUUCGCACACGCCAGCGGACUGGAGGGCUCGCAUUGCCCAAGGGAGGCGCGAAGCUGGUUGAACCACCACAGCCCGAGAAAGAACGAAACGGUGACCAUCAAGACGAGGACACCCACUCGUCUGCCACGAAGCCGCCAUCUUCCAGUCGCAAGAAGGGGGCAGAAGCCAACAGGCGGGCCAAGCUCAAAUCGCUCCGGAAGGAAGCUCGCAGGCUCAGCCGUGAGAAUACCACGGUGGCAAGCGCUGCUGAGAUCCAGGCCAGGCCAUUGCUCUACGCCAUUUCGGCGGCCGAGGCAGUUUCGGCGUCUGAUACCCGUGCUCGUCGGGUACCCCAGCGUUUCGGCCAGGAAGACUACUCCCCCGUGAAGAGCACCAAGGUUGAGACGACAGCUCGCACGACCGGUCAGACUCAAGACGUUGUUUCUAAGAAGCGCAAGGAGCGAGUAAGUGCAAACGACGACGACCAAGAUCCCGCCCCCAAGAAGAAAAAGGGCAAGCGCAAGGCCGUCGAGAAUGAUAAUGUCAACGAAGUCACGUCUGAUCCUGAGGAAGGCGUUCCACCGACGAAGCGUCUACGCAACCGGCAGCCGCCAAAGGCGUUGGUCGUCCCAGACCUGGACUAUACUCCAAGCCCUUCCAUCACACCAGGAAGUACCCCCAGCUCUCUCCCCCUUGAGAUCGUCAAAACAAAGCGGCCACGGGCUCAGAAAAAGAAAGUUGGUGUGCCAAUUAGCUUUGAUCUGCUCCGCGAGUUUGAUCUCGACCCAGUCGCCGCAUUGAAGAAUGCGCCAGAGCGGUUCAAGAGGAUGACCAAGCCACGAACCUCGGUCAAGGAGGUCAAGGAGGCCAAGCACGAGACUGCUGGUGAUGGAGGUCCUGGGGGAGGCGUUGUCGCGCCCAUUGGAGGCCGCAGCCAAAAGAUGAAGGCGGCCUCGACCGUCCCAGUCAUCCCAGACUUGGAGUUUGCAAGGCUCAAACGUGGCGUCCCUCUCGCCAAGGGGAGCGGGAUUCGAGCCAGCACAUUUGCUGUCUUUGUCCGCAUCAUGGCCGGCCUGAAUCGCCCAGUCGCCAAGGCCAAGACUGAGAAGGUGGAGGCGCCACCCACACAUCCGCCAGUGUGGGCCGAGUCACGACAAGAGCUCUGCGAGGCGCUGCCUUACUACAGGGCGUACCAGUCGGGAAUGUACAUGCUCAAACGUGUGGCGUACGGUUACCUCCUUGACGGGUUCCCAGCACUGCGCGACGUUUGGGCGGCUGAAGGACGUAUAAUCAUCUCCCAUGGUGGCGGCCAGGCAGUGCGCACUUUCGACCUCAAGGGCAACCCCGUCACCUCGCUCAGCGCCGACCACACCCGCAACGACGCACGCAUCGACACACUACUCACCGCGUGUGAAAGGCGGAUACCGCUUGUGCUUCUCGCUGGAGAAGGCUAUGCCCUCCUCCCCUGGAAGCUGGGGUGCGCAUACGCCGUGCUGGGAUGGUACUGGGUCUCGGCAGCUUGGUACGAGGCCGAGCCUGUUGCGCUUGGUGUCGCGCCUCCCGAGAGCGGUAAACCCUGGUUCCAGCGUUUGAAGGUCCGUUUCGACUGGGUCGAGAGCCAGGGCCAGCCGUGGUGGUUGCGCGAUGGGGAGGGGAGCUGGGUCAAGCCAGACGGGACGACUCCGGUGGUCACGGCUGAGCCACAACAAGUGGCGCCAGCGCUAGAGACUCCAGUGGUGCCCACGCACAGUCUGCCGACUCCCAGCCUGCCAGAACCAACUCCGAUGGUGCGGGCAACCACAGUUGGCGAUUUGAGGUCUGAACAGCAUCCGACUGUCCACAUGGAGGGCCCACGACAGCAUUUCCGAUGGGACUCAGCUCCCCCAACCCUACCCGAUGCGACCUCCCAGUGUCAAACGCGAGACCAGCUGCCGAGUUCCUCCUCGCAGCUGUUGGAAAGUGCCACGAAACCGCCAACCGUUAGCGCCCAGUAUCCAGCUCGGUCAGACACGUCGGAUAGCGACGAUGACAGCGCUAUCAUCAAACUCCAACAACGGCUGUGGGGCGGUAAGAGCGAAGAGGUCAGCAAGAGCAAAACGUUGAAGAAGAGCAAAUCUGUCGACAAGCUGCAUUUCUCCCCUUCAGCAGCAGACGAUGCCGACGACGACGGAGACGUGUACAUAUCACCGCCACCAUUGACGCGCUUGAGACAGUCGCAGGCCUUGGACGUCAUGAAUGGGCCGAGAUCCAAUGACGCAGCACUCUCCAAGGGCCGGAUCUGUACCUUGUGCUCCCAGCCAAGCCCACACGUCUACGACGAAGGCUGGCUCUGCCUCGUGCCGACGUGCAAGGCCUUCUGGGCGUUUCCACUCGACCUUGAUCGGUUCACCGCGCCUUCAGAGGAAUCCCGCCCUGGUCACCUUGGCCCCGGUCUCGGUUCGCCAGGGACGCCACCCACGAGCAUGAGAAAGACAACAGCAGCAGCAGCUCAAACAUGGCUGCCGAUCCCGCCAAACUUCAGCCUCAGUUAUUCUCCCGGCUUCCUCGUGGCGGCACACACGCCCAGCGACGUGGGCGCAGUGCCGUACGACGUGGUACCCCCGCCACCCCAGGCUGCCGCUGCCGAGACCGGCGACAGUGGCGACAUGGAAGGGGAAGAUCUGGGUUCCAGGACGUUAUGGCGAGGUCAGCUCCAAAACGUGCAGGAACGAGCUGACGCGACGCAGGCUGGGUAUGUACUGUGUGCGGACGGGCAAACUGCCGGUACAGAAGACGUCGUCCCGGCGACAGAGAUUAGGCGGGACGAACAUGAUGUGCUGGGAGAGACGGACGAGGGGAGCUUGGAUCUUCCCAUGGCCGUCAGCAGACUGGCGCGGCUGGGCGCGACCGUGGUGGAGUAUGAGCUUCCAUUGGGUGGCACGGCCCGCGGCCGAAUCUUCCACAUCCUCCACGACUCGAGCCACGACGCCGAUCCGAUUUGGGAGGGAUACCAGUCCGCAGCUAUCGCCACGACAGAACCCUUGUUCCAGCGCCGCGCGCUCAAGUCGAACACGGUCAAGGGUCCGCUCCUGUCGCAGCAAUUCGCGAUCAAUUCCGGCGCCAGCUACAAGUACAUUGUCGAAACGCUGAGCUAUUCAUUUGCCGAGUCGCCGGCGUGCGUCAUGGCUGCGCUGGAACUUAUCCGCGACCGAGUCGCCGCCGUGCUUGGGGAACGGGUCGAGUUCAACGAGAUCCUCAGCGUCAUGUACCGCGAGGGGCAGAAGAUGAGCUGGCACGACGACGGUGAAGCAGCUGACGCGCGGUCAUUUUUCAUUUCACUUUUUUACUAUUUGUCGCGUCCGGCUGAUCCCUCGAUCCCUACCUGCAACACGUUUAUUGCUGUUUCCGGAAUAUCUCGGCUCAACCAUCCUCCUCCUCAAGGCCUGGGACCUGUGGUGGCUGCGCUGUCGCUGGGCGCGUCGGCGACGAUGAGCUUCCGACCCAAGCAGCCUCGCCACGCGCGUGACCGAUUCAACCUCGGCAGCGGGACUUCGCCAGCAGCACGUCCACCGCCUGCUCCGUCGGCAGUACUCAACCUCACCCUCAACCACGGUGUAUGA